ACCACAGCGACCACUUGCAAACAGAAGGGAGAGACUUGCUUUGCACUGGCUGCCACCACUAUGCUGGGGUUUCACGUUAAAAGCCUCCUUUGCGGGGCUCGGAGUGUCUCCAUUUGUACGACGGUCCUUUUGCUGGCUGCGUGGGCCUAUGCUGAUGACGCCCCACCCCGCUGCCAACACACUGUGGUGAAUUCCCGGCUGGUCGCCAACUGCCAAGCUCAACGCCACAAGGAGGUCCCCGACAUCGACCCCGCCGUCCAGGUCCUCUUGCUGAACUUCAACCUCUUCUCCGCCAUCUUGGACGCUUCUUUGCCCUGGAUGGCCUCCCUGCAGACACUUUCUCUGGGGAGCCAGCAGGGAGGGUCUCUCUUCGUUGGCGGGAAGGCCUUUCGGAACGUGGCCAACAUCACAUUCCUGGACCUCGGGGGCAACCGGAACGUCACCUUGCACCCGGACGCUUUUGCUGGCCUCGCCAGGCUUGAAGUUCUGCUCUUGGAUGUGGACGGGUUUGACGACGGCGUGCUGGAGCACGGCUACUUCCGGGAUCUGGUGUCCCUGAAGAGACUCGAUCUGACCGGGAACCGCAUCCGGAGCCUGAGGCCCGACCCUACCUUCCGUGGGCUCGGGAAACUGAGUUUCCUCCAGCUGAAGCUCAACAGAAUCCAGGUGAUUGGAGACAGUGACUUACAGCAUCUCCAGGGCCGCCAUCUGGCCUUGCUGGACUUGUCCUCCAACCGUUUGCUCUCCCAGCCGACUUGCACCAACCCCUUCCGCAACAUCACAUUAGGCACCCUGGACAUCUCCUCCAACGCGUUGGGCGCGGCAGGAGCGGAGCGGUUCUUCCUGUGCUUAAAUGGCACAAGGAUCCAGAACCUCAAGAUGCAGCACUCCGCGACGCUCGGGAGCGGAUUUGGCUUCCGUAACCUGAAAGGCAUCUCUGCCAGCACCUUCUCCGGGCUGCGUCAUAGCGGCACUUUCUCCUUCGACAUGUCCCACGGCUUCCUCAGCGAGCUGGUCUCUUCGGCUUUCUCAGCCUUCCCAGAUCUCCACACCCUGCUCUUGAGAUCCAAUCAGAUUACCAAGAUCUGGGACGGGGCCUUCGCUGGUCUGGGCCAGCUGCGUGAUCUCGAUCUGUCCGACAACCUCCUCGGAGAGCUGUACACGGAGGCGUUGCAAACGCUGCGGUCCUCGCCCCUCCAACGGCUCACCCUGAAAUCCAACCAUAUUGGAGCCGUCCAACAGGGUGCCUUGGAGGGACUGAGGUCCUUACAGAUCCUUGACCUUCAGGACAAUGCUCUCUCGCGGGUCCCGAUGGGGAGACUCCCAUCCCUACGUCUUCUGGUGCUCAGGCAGAACCGGAUCAGGGAUGCCUGGGGUAUUGAACGUCUCGCCCCAAACUUGACACACCUUGACUUCUCCUCCAACCGCUUGAGUAGCUUGGACCAGCUCUGGGCCCAGCUUGGGGGAAUCCCCACCUUGCUUUUUCUGGAUGUCUCGGGCAACCAGCUGUCAAGAUGCUCCAGGGUUCAGGAUGGCCCUCGACUGCUCAGAGAACUGGAUCUUUCCCAGAACCACCUGGCAAGAGUUUGGACAACAGGGGGAUGUGUGGCCAUAUUCCAGCAUUUAGAGAGCUUGACACUCCUGAAUCUCAGCUCCAACAGCCUUCAGGCCUUACCCGAGGGCCUUUUCCAGGGACUGGCGUCUCUGCGGACCCUGGAUCUCUCGGCAAACUUCUUGCCCACCCUGCCAGAGAAGAUCUUCCUGGGGCUGCAUUCGUUGAACACCAUCCGCCUGCAGGGGAACCCCCUGGUGACCAUCUCGCUUUCCACGUUCCGGCCGCUGGUGCUGCUCAGGUCCUUGGAUCUUCAAGAACUGGCCCUGCUUUGUCACUGUGGGCUUGCUGACUUCCAGAGUUGGCUGCAAGAGAAGGAGAUCACCCUGAACGGAGCCGUGGGGACCCCUCGGUGCAUCCUGACGACCCCUUUCUUCCGACGGGUCCCCUUGCCUCAGUUCCUCCGCAGGAACUGUGCCCGCUACUGUGUGACCACAUCUCCCUUUCCGCAACUCUGCUACACCAGGACGAGGACGCCGGGCGAAAGCGGACCCUUGGCUGGAACGCAGAGUCCCGUUCCCGAAAACUCUUGAACACAGAGGGUCACAGACAAAGACCGUUUCGUCCAGGAGUUCGCAAACUUGGCUCCCCUGAUGUUGUUUGAUUAUGCUCUCUACACAUAUUUCUGGGCCUCUUUUUAACUAAGUUCCAACAAAAAUCUCCAUCUCUGGCUGCUUUUUUAAAAAGCCCCUGAGGACGCAUCUGUUUUCUCAGGCUUGUAGUCACCGUCUUUACCCAAAUAGAAGGCGACUCUGCCUUAAAAGACAGAGGUUGAAUUCAGGUCAUACCUGUAUUUACCCACAAGGACUUAUAUUUAACAAGAAAUAUGGGGAGAAAACUCAUCUUGGAUUCAGGGAAAUAGGGUAAUUAAUUUUAAAUUGGUUGUUUUAUUUCUUUAAAUUGUUUUAAUCGUUUUAUUCUGUGUUAAAUUUAUUGUAUUUUAAAUUAUGUGCACCACCUAGGGACACACAUAUCAGCGUGUGUAUAAAUAUAUAUGUGAUAUAUAUAUCCUAUAUGAUAUAUAUGUUCCCUUAAAAGACAGAUUAUUGUAUUCACCCACAAGAAGGACUCUGACCCCCUAUUUUUAACAGGAAAAAACUUUGGGGGUGGACUCAUUUUGGAUUUGGGUAAAUACAGUAAUUAGCUAAUUUUAAACUGCUUGUUUCAUUUUGUUAAAUAUUUUGUUUUGUUCUAUUUCAUAUUUGUUUAGUUUUAAAUUAUGUGCACUGCCUAGGGAUACACCUAUCGGGAGAUAAAUAAAUAUGACAGAUAAAUAUAAAUAAAUAAAAUAUGAAUACGGA